AUGCGAGCUUACCCAUUGAAUCGCUAUCCUGCCGUCAGCCCUGAGUGUCACCCUCCGCCCUACACCAGCCCUGAGUGUCAGCCUCGCCCUACACCAGCCCUGAGUGUCACCCUCCGCCCUACACCAGCCCUGAGUGACACCCUCCGCCCUACACCAGCCCUGAGUAACACCCUCCGCCCUACACCAGCCCAGAGUGACUCCCUCCGCCCUACACCAGCCCUGAGUGUCACCCUCCGCCCUACACCAGCCCUGAGUGACACCCUCCGCCCUACACCAGCCCUGAGUGACACCCUCCGCCCUACACCAGUGCUGAUUGACAGCCUCCGCCCUACACCAGCCCUGAGUGUCACCCUCCGCCCUACACCAGCCCUGAGUGACAGCCUCCGCCCUACACCAGCCCUGAGUGUCACCCUCCGCCCUACACCAGCCCUAAGUGACACCCUCCGCCCUACACCAGCCCUGAGUGACACCCUCCGCCCUACACCAGCCCUGAGUGUCACCCUCCGCCCUACACCAGCCCUGAGUGUCACCCUCCUCCCUUCACCAGCCCUGAGUGACACCCUCCGCCCAACACCAGCCCUGAGUGUCACCCUCCGCCCUACACCAGCCCUGAGUGACACCCUCCGCCCUACACCAGCCCUGAGUGUCACCCUCCGCCCUACACCAGCCCUGAGUGACACCCUCCGCCCUACACCAGCCCUGAGUGUCACCCUCCGCCCUACACCAGCCCUGAGUGACACCCUCCGCCCUACACCAGCCCUGAGUGACACCCUCCGCCCUACACCAGCCCUGAGUGUCACCCUCCGCCCUACACCAGCCCUGAGUGUCACCCUCCGCCCUACACCAGCCCUGAGUGACACCCUCCGCCCUACACCAGCCCUGAGUGUCACCCUCCGCCCUACACCAGCGCUGAGUGACAGCCUCCGCCCUACACCAGCCCUGAGUGUCACCCUCCGCCCUACACCAGCCCUGAGUGUCACCCUCCGCCCUACACCAGCCCUGAGUGUCACCCUCCGCCCUACACCAGCCCUGAGUGUCACCCUCCGCCCUACACCAGCCCUGAGUGACACCCUCCGCCCUACACCAGCCCUGAGUGUCACCCUCCGCCCUACACCAGCCCUGAGUGACACCCUCCGCCCUACACCAGCCCUGAGUGUCACCCUCCGCCCUACACCAGCCCUGAGUGUCACCCUCCGCCCUACACCAGCCCUGAGUGACACCCUCCGCCCUACACCAGCCCUGAGUGACACCCUCCGCCCUACACCAGCCCUGAGUGUCACCCUCCGCCCUACACCAGCCCUGAGUGACACCCUCCGCCCUACACCAGCCCUGAGUGUCACCCUCCGCCCUACACCAGCCCUGAGUGACACCCUCCGCCCUACACCAGCCCUGAGUGACACCCUCCGCCCUACACCAGCCCUGAGUGACACCCUCCGCCCUACACCAGCCCUGAGUGACACCCUCCGCCCUACACCAGCCCUGAGUGACACCCUCCGCCCUACACCAGCCCUGAGUGUCACCCUCCGCCCUACACCAUAG